GGAGGAGAACCCGGAGCAUGCGCAGUGCGUCUCGGCGGGCCGAAGGGGUUGCAGCGCUCUUUUGUUUGGCGGAGGUGGAGCGAACGCGGGAGGCCUGUUGUCCAACCGUCGCUCUGUUCUGCUUUGAAACGAGACCGGCUCGCUCCGUGCGCCGCUCGCGCCGUCCUUUUCUCUCCCGCCCGUUUGUUUUUAUUUCCCCUCGUGCGUUCUUGGCGGGGCUGAAGAAGCCUCCUUAAAACUGCAAAGCUGGCGAGCACAAUGGGAAAAAAGCAGAACAAGAAGAAAGUGGAGGAGGUCCUAGAAGAAGAGGAGGAGGAGUAUGUGGUGGAGAAGGUCCUUGACCGGCGGGUGGUGAAAGGGAAAGUGGAGUACCUGCUCAAGUGGAAAGGCUUCUCAGACGAAGAUAACACGUGGGAGCCAGAGGAGAACCUUGACUGCCCUGACCUCAUUGCGGAGUUCCUGCAGCACCAGAAAACGGCACAUGAGAGUGACAAGUCAGAGGGAAGCAAGCGCAAGGCAGAAUCUGAUUCAGAGGAUAGGGGGGAGGAAAGCAGACCAAAGAAAAAGAAAGAGGAGGCUGAGAAGCCUCGAGGCUUUGCAAGAGGGUAUGACCCAGAGCGGAUUAUUGGUGCCACAGACUCCAGUGGAGAGCUCAUGUUCCUGAUGAAAUGGAAGAACUCUGACGAAGCUGAUCUGGUCCCUGCCAAGGAAGCGAAUAUCAAGUGCCCACAGGUGGUUAUCUCGUUCUAUGAGGAAAGGCUGACAUGGCACUCCUAUCCAUCAGAAGAUGAUGACAAGAAGGAUGAGAAGAACUAACCUGCCUCCCCUUCUGUCCCCAUCCUUCCUCUGGCCGACUUUUGUAUUAAAUCAUCAAACUGGGUUUGAACAUGAGUGAGAAAGUGAAGAGGAGGCUGUGGAAGAUGCUCUCUGUAGAAACUGGACAAUUUCUAUGCCCCUGACAACUAGGUAUGACAACAUGCUGUCCCCUUUCUUCCUUUCUCAUCAUAUACACGUGAGGAAAGAUGAGAGAAUUGGUGAGUUCCCAGCUGGGGGGAAGGGUUGAAGCAAAAAUAACUAAAAAUAAUAGAGUUGGAACAGGCUGCCAAAAGGGAUAGCAGGCAGAGGCUAUGUGUUCUUCAGAGACCAUCCCUGUGAUUUACAGCCUUUCUCCCCAAUAGUGUUAACUGCAUUUUUACAGAUUAGCAUGCGUGUAGUUUCUUUCUUCCUUUUUGCUAUUUUCUGUGUUAUCGUUGGGGUGGGAAGGGAGGGUGCAUUCUGAUUGAUUUGGGGAAGGCCAAUUCAUGGUUUCUGUAUCCAGAAUUGCAAUUCUUACAAAAUACAUGCCUCCUGCUGCAAGUGGAAUUGACUCCGGUGAGGCCGGAGCUUAUGUGUCUAAGUGUUAAAGUUAACAAUUUGAUUGCAACCAUGAAUACAGCCACCUUCCAGAAUUAUUACUGCUGAAAUUGGAAUAGUGAGGGCACUCUGCCCCCAAAAUCAUGUGACAAUUUUUUUUAAGUACCUCUGCAUUUUUUUUUAUUCCAACCAACCAGAAACAGAGGGUUUUUAGCCUCCCCCCCCCCCCCGCUCUUGUAUGUAUGUGGCAUUUUAGGCUUCCUUUUAAUUAAGGGGAAGGAAAGCGGGGGUGAAAACUACCCCCUACAGCACAAGGUAGUGGUAGGUUUCAGAAUAUUCUGUAAACAACUAUCUUCUGUUCAGACUUGGGCAUUUAUGAUUGCUUCCCUUGCCCCAAGUCCUACCCACAUUUCAUUUUUAAGCUAAUGACACUUUGUUCUUCCAAAGGACAAUUUUACCUCUGACAUUCAAAAAACCCCACAAGCCACUGACCCCCCCAUUCAUCCUUUGUGGGGGGGGGGUGGUGGUAUGUACGUAGAAGUGUACAAACCUUUUUUUAAAAAAACAAAAACAAAGCAUGUUUAGGUUUCUGUGAAAAUGUUGUCUAAAACUCAAGUGUUUGGAUUCUAACUUCAUACUGAACUGUCUUUUUGUCUCAAUAAAACUUUAGAUUUAUAGUCCUGCUUUUUUUCUUCUUCAUCUGGUCGAGGCCUUCAUCUGGACCACAGGCUGUCCUUUUCAAUUGCAACUAGAAAAUAUUGCAGGAAUAAGUGAUAUGCUGAACUGAGAAGUAUUGCAGUCUGUUAGAGGGGAGCAUGGUCGGUACAUAAAGUCAAGAGAGGGCACAUUCCCUCAGUCAUUAUAAUGCUGAAUUUGGUGACCCUACCUUUUUAUCACAACACAGGCCUACCAACAAAAGUGCAGAAAAUUAAAGACACCAAACAAAUCCUCAAAUAGUGAAUAAGCCAUUUUAUUUUUGUCCUGUGCUCAUACGCUCUCUCUCCUCUCCCCAACAGGUCAUAGAAACCAUUCAAAAUAAAACCUCUACAGAAAAAAAUAAAUUAACACAUGCACACAUCAGGGCUCUAUCCUCCAGCAACCCAGCCACAGUUCCAACACAUUUUGUGCUUCAAGUUUCAUGCUGUCAAAUCACAGAAGCCUGAGAGGUGGAAGAGACUCACUAAUAGUUUACUUCCCCUCUCACCUUUUAUAUAUUCCUUGUAAGAAAUCAUGGCCUUGAGAAAAAACAAGAUCAUAUAGAACAUAUGGCUGCAGAAGUUGCCUCUAUUACAGUGCUUCAUACCCCCAGUUUCCUGGAGGAUGCCCAUUUCAGUGCCAAGUCCUCACACGCCAUCACAUACACAGGACUGACUGGGGAAAACCAAAGCCAUUUAGCUCAUCAGAUGCUGGUAAAGUCAAUAAUACUCCCAGCUGUGCUAUACUGCAAGUUAAACAGCUUCGAGGAUUGCCUCGAAACUUGAGGCCAGCUGUGUUCAAGGCACUACCCUCACCCUUUGCCUUAUUUUUUUAUAAGGAGGAGGAAAGGGGGAAGUUGGAAUGACACCACCCAAGGACAGAAAAGAAACCAGCUGUGGAAUCACAGUUUAACACACCGAGUCUUAAUGGCAGAAAUACCUUUCAGCAGCUUUGAUCAUCUGGCGGAAAGCAUCUCCCUUCUCUCCUUCCUGCAUACCACAAAUCCAUUUUACAGCCCUAUGGGAAUGGGGAAACACAGGCGCACACAAGUCCUACAGAAAUAAAUUAAAACCAAAGUGCCCAUUAAGAAAGGGGCUUGCCAUAGAUGGCUAUUUGCUCUACACAACAUGCCCACUUUAUGGGGGUAAAACCCAUUGUGCUGUAGACCAAGUGGUGAUCACACACCAGACCCCCUCCACCUUGCAGCCUCCGCUAAAUGAAAGUUCAGCCUUCACACCUGGCCCUCACACACCCCUUUUUGUCCACAGAAUGAAUCUCUUCAAGCCAAAUCAGUGAGAAAUGUCAGCAUUGUAGCAUGCAGUUACCAUGCGCCAUCUUGUAAUGUACCUUGAUGGUAGCCCAGUAUAACACUGGCUCCUCACUGUGGGCAGUGACAUGCUUAGUGAGUUUUGAAUGGAAGAGAAGGGUGGUGGAAUCAUAGUAAUUCUAUUAACCCUUUCCACUCCCACCAUUCCAACCUUUAUGGCAGAUUAACUCAAAGUCCACCCAAAAGGCUGUACUCGGUAACUCCUUGCAUGGAGAUCUCUCCAUUCUCCCGAGCUGAAAGGGGUUAAGAAAAAUCACCCUUCCCCCCUAAACAAACACAACUUAAUGUGUUCCACCUGCACUUACAUAUACAUACAGAUGUAGGAAGGGAUGGCGGCUAUUUCAUGGGAUUCAGUCAUGUUGUCAAAUUCCAUACAACUGAUGCCAAAACUGGUUCGGGGG